CCUGCCUCGUUUAGCAUUGGCAAUGGAAGCUUUUUUGCUGCGAUCUAGGGUGGUCCCCGGGGAUGCAGACCACGUUCCCUCCACUCCUCUCGCGCGCCGCGAUGAUUCAAUGUUCGCGCACCGAGACAUUUAUUAGACCAUGGAUUGCAAAAAUGACGCUCACUUGCGAACUUCGACAGUUGCAAGAUGCGACUGUCAAUUCAAUCAACACCAGCACGAUAUUCGUGCGCAAAUCUAGCGCGCCGUCUUUCUCAUGCGCGUCCGGGGAGACCCGGUGCUUUGAUCGGUGCUUUGAUCGGCGGACGUAAUGGCUUCCUCAGCGCCUCUCCCCUUCACAAACACCCUAUAUCGACCUUGAUUCCACCACGUUUGCCCAAGACAACCUCAAGAACGUCUCUGAGCUUCCAGCAAUGCCAUGCUUACACGACGCACCCAUCUACCACAAACCCAAACCCUUUCCGCGCCGCAAUUAUCGGCUCCGGCCCUGCAGGCUUCUACACAGCCUAUCGGCUCCUCUCCAAGCUCCUAACCGCCCAUGUAGACAUGUAUGAGCAGCUUCCCGUACCUUACGGCCUCGCACGCUUCGGCGUCGCCCCUGACCACCCGGAAGUCAAGAAUUGCGAAAACAAAUUCGAAGAGGUAGCGGAGGACUCGCGGUUCACGUACAUCGGGAAUGUGGCUGUGGGACGGGAUGUAGAGCUGAAAGAGAUGAAGGCGCACUAUGAUUCCAUCAUUUUCGCCUACGGCGCCAGUCAGGAUCGGAAAUUGGGGAUUCCUGGGGAAGAUCUGGGAGGCGUGUACUCUGCGCGGGAGUUCGUAGGGUGGUACAACGGACUCCCACAACUCGCAUCACUGGCGCCAGCGCUGGAUGCGGGCGAGGACGCCAUAGUCAUCGGUCAGGGCAAUGUAGCGUUGGAUGUUGCACGCAUACUGCUCACUCCUGUGGAUGCGCUGCGGAAGACGGAUAUCACGGAGGCGGCGCUCGAGACGCUGGCGAAGAGCCGGGUGAAGAGAGUGAAGGUGGUGGGGAGACGGGGACCGCUCCAAGCCGCCUUCACCGUCAAGGAAGUCCGCGAGCUCAUGCAUAUCCCCGGCGUCUCUUUCACGCCCAUCUCUAGCUCCUUCUACCCAGAAAACCCCAAAUCCCUCCCUCGCAUCCAAAGACGCAUCGGCGAGGUCCUCCUCAAAGGCACACCGGAUGCUCCCCCUGACACAUCACCAAAAAACUGGUCCUUGAGUUUCCUGCUAAGUCCAAAAUCGUUCAAUCCCUCGCCGGAUAAUGAUAAACAUAUAUCGUCAAUAACGUUCGCUCCUCAGAGAUUCGCAGAUGAUGCAGAUCGUUACUCCAACGCCGCUCGCGUGGUUCCUAACACCGAGGAGCAAGACAUGACUCUGCCCGCCUCGGUAGCCUUCCGUUCCAUAGGCUACAAGUCGGCCGCCCUCCUAGGUUUAUCCGACAUCGGUGUCCUCUUCGACUCCAAGCUCGGUGUCAUCCCCAACGACGCGUAUGGACGCGUAAUGUCUCCCUCGUUGGGACCUGGAAACCUAUCGGCGGGACAUGUACCAGGGUUGUAUUGCGCUGGGUGGGUGAAGCGCGGACCGACGGGCGUGAUUGCGAGUACCAUGAAAGAUGCGUUUACGACUGCCGACGUGGUUGUUCAGGAUUGGGCCGAGGAGGUGCCGUUUCUGGGACACGAAGAAGGAGCCAAGGGGGAGAGAAGGGGAUGGGAUGCAUUGAGGGAGAAGGUAGAAAGUAGGGGCGUGAGGCCUGUGGGGUGGAAGGAGUGGCAUGUCAUUGAUAAGGUGGAAAAGGAGAGGGGAGCCGCAAAGGGGAAGCCGAGGGAGAAGUUUGGGACUGUGGAAGAGAUGUUAGAGGUUCUGGAUCGGUGAGGGUGAGUGCUUGUUCGCCUGGAGUCUAAGGAAUAGAGGAUGGUGCUCAUCGGACAGGAAGUUUUAUUAUCAUAAGCAUGUAUAGAAGGAACUCCAUUCGAGCGAUUAGAUCAAUCAGCGGAAUUUAGACAAUCAAUUCAUACCAUGAGA